AUGUCUUCUACUCUUCGUGUUCUAUUCUUCCAUGGUCUUGGAUCCAGUAUCAAUGGUAGGAAAUCUCUCUAUCUAGCUAAACAUUUUCCUAAUUCUUAUACUCCUCACCUCAAACCUUAUUACUUACUUCCACUGGCUUUUUGGAGAGCGAUUAUAGCUAUCUAUCAUUUUAAACCAGAUAUUAUUGUUGGAACUAGUUUCGGUGGAUUUAUACUCAUGCUUUUACUUCAAAGACAAGUGUGGAAUGGAAAUACAAUUUUGUUGGCACCAGCAACUGGUCUUCUGUUUAAGAAGAGACUGUGGUUACCCAAAGAUCAUAGAAAAAACAUUGUUAUUGUGGCCGGAAGAAACGAUAAAACUGUACCAUUGGAAGGAUUAACGGAGUUACAACAAUCAUCACGAGAUAAUAUACGGUUUCUAGUGGUAGAAGACGACCAUCGACUAAAUAAAUCAAUGAUCGAACAGGAUCAGCUAAGGAACUUAAUCAAUGCAAAUUCACAGCCUCCGAUGACUACUAAUAAGAUCAACAACUAUUUCGAUUGUAUAAAACUAUGGCUCAGCUGUAUGUUUUGCUUAGUUGUCUCAUUUAUUCGAGAGCCAUUUACUCUUUAUCACACAAUUAAAAGGCUGCGUAAAAUAAGAAGAGAAAUUAUUGAAACGCACUAA